ACGUAUGUCCUCCUUCACAUCAUCAUCUCAUUCUAAAGGCUGUCAUCAACUUCUGAAUAAGCUAGUGUUGUUUAAAAAACAAUGGCCGCAUCGAACUAUUCCCUGAAGGUCAACCGAGAUCUCCUGGACCCAAACUUUGAAAGUUACAGGCUAUCUCUGGACGCAAUACCGACGUACAACGUGGAGCUGGAUGCAGCUGUGGAGGAAGUGAAGCUGAAGGAUACUCAGUACACCCUGGAACACAUGAGGGCCUUUGGCAUGUACAACUACCUCCACUUGGACCCUUGGUAUGAGGAUAGUGUUCUGUUUGUGGACUGCAAAGGACGGGUUCUCAGUCUCACUGUCACACUGGACACCGCCCUGGGGAAGCCAAGAGAGGUUUACCGUUUAACCGAAGAGUCCAGAGAGAGUGAGGAUCAUCUGUGUGCAUCACUCAGCCUCACCUCAGCAACCUGGGCGGCUCUCAGUGACGGUGCAGGGCGACUUUACCUUCUCCGCACUGGCAAGAGGGGUGACAGCUCCCAUAUGAAGUGGGAGCCACUGUUCAGUGAAAACACGGGGGAGCCUUUCACCAUCCUCCAUAGCGUCUCACAUGUCCAAGCUGGAGUCCACACCAUGGAGGUCUUGCUGCUCCGCAUCCUGAAGGACCCACAAGAAACCAAAGGGAGUGGAUACUAUGUAUCUCUGGAGUGGAUCACUGUGGCCAACACUGCAGGACAUGGUCAGGAGAAGAAGUAUGAGGUGAAGAAGAGGAGGAUCCUCAGGGGGAAAUCCGUACCUCACUAUGCAGCCGUGGAGCCUCAGGGGAAGGGGCUGAUGUUGGCCUCGGAGAAACCAUUUGUCUUCACACAUGUGGACGGUGUUCCUGUGGAGGAGCCUGAUCCGGAGCCAAUGGAGGUGGAGAAGACAGAUCCCAUUUACUUCUGGCAGCAGACGGCCGAGGACAUCACUGUUUGUGUGCGGAUGCCCGAGGGUGUCACCAAAGAGGAAGUUCUGUUCAGACUGACGGCAGACAACAUCAGCAUCGGGGUUCAGGGUUUUGCUCCUUUACUGGAGGGCCAACUGUUUGCAUCUGUGGACCCUGAGGCCAGCGCUUGGAUCAUCAAAAAUGACAAAAGCCUGGAGGUGAGCCUGCAGAAGCGCAGUGAGGGGCCGAUGUGGGCGGAGCUUGUGAUGGGAGACAAGAGAGGAGAGUACGUGAUGAACGACGAGCAGGCUGCCCUCAUCCACGAGAGGCUGACACAUCUUACCUCUGAUGACUUGAAUGGAAACCCUGACAGGGACAAGCCCCCCUGUAACUCUCAGGAGCUGGAAGACUGCGACAGCUUCCCAGAGGACAGCUUCAGCCUCACACACUUUGAUGGAGAAUCCCUGAAGCCCACUCAGGUGGUGAACCUGGGCAGCCAUCAGUACCUGUUCACAGUGGAAGUGAACCCCUCUGACAUGCCGUGUCUCUGCCUCAGGCAUGACGUGGACGCUCUGCUGUGGCAGCCUCGCCCUGACCAGCCCAGUGACAUGUGGGAGCACAUCGGCACGUUCAACGCCCUCGGCUACGUCCAAGCGUCCAAAAGAGACAAAAAGUUUGCCACCUGUGCUCCCAACUUCUCCUACGCCUCCCUGUGUGAGUGUCUCCGCCGAGCUUUCAUCUACAGACAGCCAGCGCCGAUGGAAACCGUCCUGUUCAACAGGAAGCAGGGCCGACAGGUCGGGCAGGUUGCCAAGCAACAGGUUGCCAGUCUGGACUCAGAUAAAGCGAUCCUAGGCUUCAGAGCAUCCAAUGAGAGACUUUACAUCCUGACCUCCAGUAACCUGUUUGUUUUAAAGGUCAACAAUAAUUAGAUCUUGGACUCCUGUGAGCUUUAGAUAUUCAUCACAUUAACCCCUAAAGGCUCAACCAUUCCAACCAGAAGAACAAGAAGAACACAUCCUGAUGUGUAAGUUUGUGUUUCAUCCAUCUGUGUUCAGAAAUGUCUGUGUGAUCAACAGAAAGGAAUCUGCUCUGAAACCAAAUAAAUAAAUCUUCCCUGAAGGUGA